GAAAAAAAGAGGUUGCAGUCAAUUCUUUUGGUCUGAAGUCUUCUAUUAAUUAUUUAAUUUUUUUGUAUAUUUAAUUUGGUCAUAUUCUUUAUUAAUUAAUUAGUCUACACAUCUACCGUUCUCCAAAAUAUUUAAAAAUAUUAGCCUACUUGCAUAGUUGCAAUUGUCUUUUAGACACUACAAGCGCGUUUAACAGAUGCAUUUGAUACCAUCCUACUUUUUUGUACCGCUGCGUAUUUAUCCCCAAUAAAAGGCUUCUAUCUUCAUAUCAGUACAGAAGCUAAGCCUACAACUUACAUAAUCGAGAGCUAGAGAUAGAGAGAAAGGGAGAUCAUAAACAUGGAAGAAAUACGUGAGGCUGCUUUAGCUUACUACCAUAACUUGCCAGAAGACCUACAGAAGCUGGCAUCAGAAAAAUUCAAAGAAAUUGAUUCAAAUGGUAAUGGCACAAUAAGCAUCAGGGAAUUCAAGAAGAGUAUGGGAAGCUCUUUCGACAAUGACUCCGUGAUCAUGAAGAGAAGCUUCAAGGAGCUGGACAAGAACGGAGACGGCAAGUUGGAUUUCAACGAAUACAUCACUCUUUACUACCUUGUAGAGAGCGGUAGGGUGCUGAUUUAUUGUGCGGGCGAUGGAUGUGAGGCCGCACCUUUUCUCAAGGGACUCUAUUUUACUUGCGUCGACUGCUUCCACCAUAACAAAAAUGAAACUUUCGAUCUCUGCACCUCCUGCUACCGCAAUGCUGACUUUGUUCAUGAACACACCAACUUUGUGGAUAACCAUGUGUUACUUCGUUCCAAGGCUGCUUGUUGUGAAUCCACAUCUGAGCCAUGCUCUUCUGGGUCUGAUUCUGAGUCCAAUCAAGUUAGUCGAUCUGGAUCAAAGAGAGUGGAAGUUAAGCGAUCUGGAUCAAAGAGGAGGGCAGUAUUUGGAGCAAUCAAAUCUGGAGUGGGCGUUGCACAGGCAGUAGGAAAUGUUGCAGCUGAUGCUGCUUCAUGCAGCAUUAUGUGAUCGAUCUACAUCCAUUUGUAACAGUUUCAUCGUAUUUCAAUAAGCGUGUAAUGCAUAUUGACUUUGACUUAAUGCGUGGAGAGAAUAAGGAUUAUUAAUGUUAAUUCAUUGUGUAAAUUAUGAGAUUUUUUUUAGUGUUUUUAUCAUUUUAUCUUUGCUAGGGUUUUAAUACAUAAAGCCUUCGUGUUACAAUCUCUUAUCUUGCAAUGUGAAUGUCCCAUUACAAAAUUUUUGUCUAGAGGACUACUGUUGGUGAGGAAAAGUUCUGAUUAGGAAUUUGACCCAACAAUUAAUGCUGACUGGAGCGGGAGCUGAACCGGGGACGAUCGAGAAGCUUCUAUUUGUCGUUGACUUGAUGUUGACGAAGUGAAGACCCCUCUUGGCUUCGUAACUUGUCACCGCUCCUUGAUCCCUCUUCGUCACCUCCCUCUAUAGUCUCCCUCCGUAGUCUCCCUCCGUGACCUCCCUCCGUAGUCUCCCUCUGUAGCCUCUCUCCGCCCAGUAACUUUUCUCCGUUACCUCUCUCUGGAGUCUCCCUCCGUAACCUCCCUCUGAAGUCUCCCUCCGUAGCCUCUCUCCGUAAUCUCCUUCCGUAGCCUCUCUUCGUAAUCUCCCUCCAUAGCCUCUCUUCGUAAUCUCCCUCCGUAGCCUCUCUCUGUAAUCUCUCUCCGCUCCGUGGCCUCGUCGAGGAAGCAGAGACUCCUCUUCGCCGUUGGUGUGAAAGAGGAGGGGGGGUACUUGCAAAAGACUCUCUGAUGCCUAAGUCAGUAUUUGUCUGAGUCAAGUAUAGAAGUCUUAACUAGAGUUCGCUUUCAUACCUGGUAGUUAUGUCCCUAUUUAUAGGUGACUUACAACUUCGGCUGCAAGUAAACUUGCAUGGCAAGUUUCCAGCAACUUGGAUGGCAAGCCACCAUUAACGCCAUAUUCACUCCUGCAAUAACCGCCACUUAUUGGCAGCCAUGAUUGCCGCACUAAACGCCGCAUUGACCGUCGCAUUUACAGCUACAAUAAUAAUCACAUUUACUAUCGUCAUCGCUUCCCUUUAAUUGCCUCGAUUGUAGGGUUAAAUUGGUUGACUACCCCCACAAUGCCCCCAAAUUUUCUCCUUGGGAAUUUAUCCCAAGAGAAAAUUUCCUGAGCUCAGAUUUUUCUUCGCAACUUGUCUUCGAACUUCUUCUUUGGGCACCCUAGAUUCCUCUCUGGACGCCCACUUCUAAAAUAAGUCUUUAGAUAUGGUCUUCUAGGCCCAAUUUAGACCACUGAGGCCCACCCUGUCUCCAAGACCAAAUUCGGUCUGACCUCUCUCGGGCCCGAGCCCAAAUUUAAACCUUUUUUUUUUUUUUUUUUUUUAAUUUUAGGACGAAACGGGUGGGGUCCAACCCGGAUUCCCCUCAGUCCUACCUGGACUUCAGCUUGCCUUAACCUGGACACAUUUCAACCUGGCUCCGCUCCCAGCUCCACAGCGACCCGACUCCGACCCCAUCCAAUGCGAUUCCAACCUGACUCCGGCCUGAUUUUCCUCGAUUCCUGCUGUCAAAAUCCGGAUUUUUCUGGGUUCCGAUUUCUCCUUAAUUUGGCAUGUGAUUCGGUGCUGCUCGACCCCUAUAAAGAGGUUCCCGAUCCCGACUUGUUCUCCACACUUGUCCUUCAGACGGCCCCGGAGGCGCCUAGUUCACCGUUUCGACAGCCACACCCCGUGACCCCCGCUCCACGACUCUCUCAUACCCGGAUUUGCUUCAUCGUGCCUGACCCGAGCCGCUGCCAGCCUCGACGACGCCAACACAGCACCGCGUGGCCUGAAUGCGCUCGACUCGAACUUCUGAAUCCUUUACUCGCCGCACUACCCCUCGGACCUCCUGCUCCGGACCUUGCCCCCGCCCCGGCUCCUGGCCCUCAGGCCACGUAUAGGAAGGUCGACGCCUUCGGCCCCGUACCCAGAUUGAGUCGCCUUCCGCUAUUUGGGCCAGUGCGUCGAAUCCGAUCAAAUCAAAGCUGCCAUUUCUUCGCCUUUCGUUUCCAUGGCUCGCAUCAAAUUCACCGAUUCGACCUUACCUAAGAAAGGGAGCUCGGAGUCAAGUGGUGAACCUACGCUUUGGCAACCGACGCAUUCGAUUCUGGAGAAAUGCGCUGAAGUGUAUUCUAUCCCAAAAUCGGUCAAACUUUCAGCCGUUCCUGUAGACGCGGAUAUCUACAUGGGUAGGAAUAUUCCCAACGAUGCCUUGAUCUUGUCUCUUGAGCACUUGCGUUAUGUCAGGUUCCCUAUUCACCCUGUCUUUCAGCUCAUGUGGGCCGUACUUGGUCUACAUCCGUUUCAACUUAAUCCGAACUCCUACCUCAUGUUAUCUGCCUUUUUGAUCAUGGGUUUGAAGUGGGAAGUUUCCCUGGGAUUGUCUGAUUUCCUCUACCUCUACAAUUGCUCCAAGCUAAGCAAGUAUUUUCGGUAUUUCAAUUUCACACCUUUUCGGAAGAUGAAGGUGUUCGCAGGGAUUUCCAUUCAUGACAGUGAUUGGAAAUCUAGGGCUUUGAUGAUCUCUGGCGAUUGGCAAUCUCCUGAGCUGGACUUGCGUCCUCCGAAGGCCUUUGCAGAUGACCUCGCUUAUAAGAUUUCUCAAGCGAAGUUCGACCUUUCCCCUAGUCGCGUACAAUGGCUGGAGACUCAUCUUGUCGAGCGGGGAUGGUAUCCCUCUCAGUUCGCAACCCUAGAGAAUUUUCUUGACACAGUGUCCAAUCGUCCUUCGGCUUUGUUUGGCCCAUACCAAACACGUGUGAAUCAGUGUCUUUUAGGAAAAACGUUAGCACUCCAGGUUGCCCGCAUGGAGGGCCAUUUCUAUGUAUCCGAGCAUUGCGAACCUCUGUUCACAAAAUAUCUUGCUAUUAAGGACACAUUUAAAACGGUCGUCCCUGAUUCUGGGGUCGUGAUAGCUGGGGAGGACGACGCGGACGAAAGGUCAGAAGAGAGGGGGGAGGGGUUCAACGGCGACGAUGUAGGGGAGAGACUGCAUUCCCACGUCAUGAGGGAGUUACCCCAAAUAAUCCCCCCUCCUCGAAAAUUGAGGAAGCAGAAGGCUGAAAAUGCUCAUGACAGCAAUGACCCCUUGCAUGCUCCCUCCAUAGACUUGUCUCAUGGCGCCCCGCCGUCCUCUCCUUCUCGAGGGGGCUCACUUUCCCAAAGACCUGCCCUGGGCGAAGCCGCUGAUCCUGCUCUUCAGAGAGCUUCUUCGUCUCAAGAUGAUCCAACCGUUUUCAUGCCGCCGUCGCCACCCAAGGCUUUGGAGCUCAAAUUCAAGAAACGAGACGGCACCUAUAUCUUAGCUGGGGAGUCCCUUUCUUCCAAUGGCUUGGCGGCGUCGGCUGUGGCCAGCGCCUUUGUAUCGUCACAUCCUAAAUUAGGAGGUCAUCCCAAGAGCCCCAUGGCGCUGUGCGAUGACGUUUGUGUCUCUCAGCUUGAUGCUCUCUUGGCAUCUCAUUGCCUCUUGCGCGGCAUUGACGCUUUGCAUACCAAACAACAACAGAAACUCGACGAGGUGAAUUGUAAACUCGAGUUUAAAGAGAAAGAGCUCAAUGAUCAGAUGACAAUGGUGGAAUUGGCCUCCGUUCUUAAGGACAAGAACUACGAGAUAACGAAGCAGGAGAAUGACCUGACCUUAGUAACUCGAAGCAAAGACGAGGAGUUCUAAAAAGGUGCUGCUCAGAUGAAGCGCGUGUCAGCCAAAUACUUCCGACUCAGGUGGAAUCAGGCUCGGACCAAAGAAGACAAAAGGCGCUACGUAGGCCCUGACGAGUUUGACUGUUUUUAUGGGUUUAAUCCUAUGGGUUAUUCUCCCAUUUGUGGCAUGCGGCAGGAGAUGUCCCGUCGCCGGCCUUGAGCGCGUCUGAGGAGGAGGUGUCAUCCGCCGCUUGAGUUAGAUUGACGAUCAAUUUCUCCUCCCGUACUAUGUGGUCCUGACGGCGCUCCUUGGUUUUGGAACUUUCGAGGCUAUUCAUGUCUUACCUUACUUUUAUAUUUCAUGCUUAUGUAAUAAAAGUUGCACGAGAGACGACUACUAUUUCGUCUUCA